AUGACUCAUCACCACACACAAUCCCCCAAUGCAAAUGGUCCAGACUGGUUCAGUCCGUCGCUCCGGCCUCAACCUCCGACGAAACCCGUCCUGAAGAUGACAGACCCCUUUCCUACCUACCUCAUCACGCCUACGGAAUAUCAUAAUGUAGUCGCCAACCAGCCUCCGAGCACAAGCACAAGAAGGAUCGUCCCCCUGGCAGCGGGGCGUCCGACGCUUCGUCCGGCGUUUGAAGCGCAGCAUCUCCCUGGCUCCAAAUUCUUCGAUCAAUCCCUCAUCCGCGAUGCCACCUCCCCUUACCCGCUCAUGCUCCCCACCGCCGAGGGCUUCGCCGCCGCCAUGACCGCCCUCGACAUCCGGCCCUCCGACGUACUGGUCAUCUACGACACAUACGAGAUUGGAACGUACAGCGCGCCGCGCGUGGCGUGGAUGUGCGCGUUCUUCGGACACGGAGCGGUGCAUGUUCUGAACAAUUUUCGCGUGUACGCAGACUUGGGGUUCCCGGUAAGCUCGGGCGGGCUCGAGGGUGCCGUUACGAGAGAGCCGGGGGAUGUGUAUCCCGUUCCGUUGAUACCGGAUCCUAACAAAGUAAUAUCGUAUGAGGAAGUCAAGCGGCUAGUGGGGAACGAGACGAGCAGGAUUGUGGAUGCAAGAAUCGCUGGUCGGUUUAGUGGAAAUCAAAGUGAAGAGGAUACAAGCUUGCGGUCGGGACAUAUCCCUGGAGCGGUCAAUGUGCCUCUCGCGAGGCUAUUGGAUGAGACAUCCAAGGUGAUCCUGCCAGCUUCUAAACUGAAGGACAUCUUUGAAAAGGCAGGAUUGCCGGUCACAAACGAAGCUCCCCAGUGGGUCCUGACCUGUAACUCCGGCGUGACAGCCGCUGCACUCGAUCUGGCACUCUCGGAAAUCGGCGCCAAGGGCCCUAGAAGGUUAUAUGAUGGUAGUUGGAUGGAGUGGACGAGGCGAGCUGAAAAAGAGCUGGUAGUCACUGACAGUCGCUGA